AUGGGGGAUCGGGUAAUCCUCAGCUACCAUGAUUGUUUGAUCCAUGAAUCAGAUCUGAGGCUGUUGGAAGGCCGUAAUUGGCUUAACGAUUCUCUUAUUUCAUUCUGGUUUGAACAUCUACAGCACGACACUUUCCGUGGAAGGUCUCGGCUGCUGUUUAUUAGUCCAGAGGUGACGCAGUUAAUUAAGAUGGGAGAUGUCAAUGAAUUACCUAUAUUCCUUGACCCUCUUGAUGCAAGAUUCAAGGACUAUAUAUUCUUACCUGUCAAUGACAACUCAUCAGUUAUUGCAUCUGGAGGGAGUCACUGGAGUCUCCUUGUGUAUAGCAAGUAUGACAGUAAGUGGUAUCACUACGAUUCCCAAAAGGGUGCCAAUUAUCGUGAUGCUCGCUGCCUUGUACAAAGAAUAAACACGUACCUUAAUAGGGAUAUUCCAGCAUCCUUAGUAGAUGCUCAUUGUACACAACAAGACAACAGCUAUGAUUGUGGGGCCUUUGUUAUGACCUAUGCUCACAGGGCAGCUGCACAGGCUGUUGAAGGCACUGCCCUAGGAACUUGUUAUGUUGACAGACAAGAAGCUAACCGCAUGAGAGACCUCAUAAAGUCUCUUGUGUAUAGACUUAAGGGGUGAAAAUUGAGAACCAUAAGAUAUAGCUCCUGCCUUUUCAACUGCCAAACUGCCCUUAACUGAACAAAAUGAGCUUGUUGCAUGUGUGGUGUUCCUAAUCAUGUUUACUAACAGGUGUUAUGUGACAGGAAGAGCCUCGGCCAAAGGUUUACUAUUUGCUGUGUCAUUGUGUUUGUUACGAGUGAACAGGAAUCUUUUCAUUUGCAAAGUACCUAAUUUAUGCUGCUUAUGCUGUUUUGCUAAAUUGCAGUGUAAGCUUCUAUGUGAAUGAAGCUUUACUUAUCUCAGGUCAUUGUUAUAUAGUCGUGAGAAAGGAUUUGAUCUUCAGUAUGGUUUACAAAUAUGAAAUGCAGCCAGACAUGUAUAAAAUAUAAUUUAAAA